UAAAAGGUCGUGAAAAAUUGUAAAAGAACAUCAUUUGGUUAAGGUAUUGAUAAAAGCUUGUUGAUCAUAAGGCGGUAUUGUGUCUAAAUGAGAGGAAAAUUAUAUCGUUUACAUUUUUGAAGCUGAUCAGUGACAUUCUGUAUGCAUAUUUAUAAGUAUUAUUAAAAUUGUGCAUUUAAUCCAUUUGAAGUUAAAACAGCAGCAUGAAAACAUGUUAAAUUACAUGACUGAAUUAUAAAAUAAAGUGAUCAUACUGAUACUAGAAGAUGUCUGAUAAAUUCUGGACAACUUAUUUUAUUACUUUCAUUCUGUUUGUCUUCAUAAGUAAAAUUGAUGGAUUAAAAAGUGAUUCAGCAAAAUGUUUUGUCAAAAUGAACAAUUUCACUUAUGAAAUAAGCAUCUUGGAGAAGGAUGGCUUAAUCCCAAAACAAAAAGAAAAUAUUGAGGAAUGGAGUAACAAUAAAAAUGAAGAAAAGACUUUGAACUCAAAAAGUUUUCAUUCAAGAUAUAAAAGAUCAACUACUGCUGGGGAAUCUCAGGUUUCAGAUCUUGAAGUCAGCAGACUCAAGAGAAAAAUAGGAAGACUAGAGAAAAAACUGUCAGAAUCAAUGGACGACCUUUCAAAAGAAGUAACAAAAGGUUUCAGAAGAAUGGAAGAAAAAAUAAGAGACAUUGAGGCACCAGGUCAUACCAAACGUGAAGUCAGAUAUUUAUCGUCUCAAACCCCGUGUCCACAAGACUUUCACCUAAUUGAUGUAGGAAAGCUACAAACCUGUUAUUUAUUGUCUAAUUUCAAUACUACUUGGUAUGAAGCUAAUGAGUAUUGUACAGCUCUUGGCAGUGAUCUGGUUGCCUUGGAAUCAAUCCAGGAACAUUACGUACUGACAUACAUGAUAAAAAAUCAUAAGGACCACAGUAAGGUAGAAGGAUGGUGGACCAGUGGUAUGUUCAUAUCUAAGACUAAACAGUGGAUGUGGGCCACAGAUAUAACUGUAAACAAACCCUUUACGUUCAUCAGAUGGGCCUCAAACCAACCUGAUGAUGAUUCCUCUAACUGUGUGUAUCUCAGACGUGAUGACGACCAACUGUGGAAUGAUGAGCUCUGUACUUCAAAGUUUAACUUUGUUUGUGAAACAUGCUUUGGGUGUCACAGACAUAAUGGCUAUUGACAAAA